AUGGAAGGGAUGGAAGUCGUGCCGUCGUUGUUGUUGGAUGCUCACUGCCGCCAUAACCCCGCCGCUGGAAAGCCGUGGCUGCAGCAGCCAGAGGACGCUCCUGCAGUUGCCAAACCCCAUCCCACUCCAGUUUGGGUUCCGACUCCGGUUCGUUUACGCUGGGUUUUGUUCUCCCAAGUGUCAGAGCCUCCAUCUUCUUGUGAGUUUUUCUGCUGCUGGUUGAAGCCGCCGCUGUUGGAGCUUACCGGAGUUAACCGUUGGAGCUGCAGCUGCGCUGUACUUAGUUUCUUGUUGGUACAAGUAGCUGUGGUUGCUGCAAAAGUGGUUUGGAGUUGAGAUCGAGGCUGCCGCAUUAAGGGCCGAAAGAAAAACUGAAUUUGCCGC